UGACGAUCUUUUAAAUUCCUGUUUCCCUGCAGCGCAAUUUGUCAGAGUCUGAAUUGUGUGUUGCUGCUUCGCUCCUCACACGCAUGUCUGCUCAUUUCGUGCAUAGAGGCACCAGGACCUGACUGCUUGAAACCCUCAAGCGUUGCUCCCAGUCUCCGGCUCCCUGUCUUCAUCAUGUUGUUAUUAUAGUUUCGAGCUCGUCCGCGUCUUUCUUUCCUCCCGCUGAAGCCUUGUGAGUUGACUGGUACCAGGAGGAGGAGGAGGAGGAGGAGGAGAAGGAGGAGGACUCCUGCCAGAGAAGGCAGUCAAAGAAAAAGAAAAAUGCAACAUUACCCUGCUGCUCAGGCGUGAUCUCUGCACCGAUUCCUCAAUAUAAACUGCAGGGCUGCAAGAAUACAACAGCCUUAAAGCCUUUGUUGUCUCCAGGGCACGGCCACUAGAAAAGAAAGCAGGAAAAAAAAGGAGGAUCGCGCUGCAACGCUGCGAGUCGGAGAUCAACGCCGAAGAGCCAGGAGAGUCCUCGACUCAGAGGGUCUCACCCUAAACCCAGAGGAGCCAUGUCAUCCACGAAAUACAAGAAGGACAAGGAGAUCAUAGCGGACUAUGAGACCCAAGUGAAAGAGAUCCGUAACCAGCUGGUGGAGCAGUUCAAGUGCCUGGAGCAGCAGUCCGAGUCCCGCAUCCAGCUGCUCCAGGACCUGCAGGAGUUCUUCCGCCGCAAAGCAGAGAUUGAACUGGAAUACUCCCGCAGUUUAGAUAAACUGGCCGAGAGGUUCUCCGCCAAGAUCCGCAGCUCCAGAGAACACCAGCAGUUUAAGAAAGAUCAGCACUUGCUGUCUUCAGUUAACUGCUGGUAUCUGGUGCUGAACCAGACGAGACGCGAGAGCCGUGACCACGCCACCCUCAGUGACAUCUACACCAACAAUGUUAUCGUCCGCCUGGCCCAGAUCAGUGACGAUGUCAUCCGCCUGUUCAAGAAGAGCAAGGACAUUGGGAUCCAGAUGCACGAGGAGCUGGUGAAGGUGACAAAUGAGCUCUACACGGUGAUGAAAACGUACCACAUGUACCACACUGAGAGCAUCAGCGCAGAGAGUAAGCUGAAAGACGCCGAGAAGCAGGAGGAGAAGCAGUUCAGCAAGUCCGGAGAUCUCAACGUCAACCUCCUCCGGCACGAGGACCGCCAGCCGAGACGCAGCUCUGUCAGGAAGAUCGAGAAGAUGAAAGAGAAGAGGCAAGCCAAGUACUCGGAGAAUAAGCUGAAAUGCACAAAGGCCCGGAACGACUAUUUGUUGAACCUGGCGGCAACAAAUGCAGUGGUGGCGAAGUACUACAUCCACGACGUCUCUGAUAUGAUCGAUUGCUGCGACCUGGGCUACCAUGCUAGCUUGGCACGCACUUUCAGGACCUACUUAUCAGCAGAGUACAACUUGGAGACAUCACGCCACGAGGGACUAGACAUCAUUGAGAAUGCAGUGGACAACCUGGACUCCCGCAGUGACAAGCACAAGAUCAUGGAUAUGCAUAACCAGGUGUUCUGUCCUCCGAUGCGCUUUGAUUACCUGCCACACAUGGGAGAUGAGGUGUGCCAGGUCAGUGCACAACAGCCGGUCCAGACUGAACUCUUGAUGCGCUACCACCAACUGCAGUCGCGCUUAGCAACGCUAAAGAUCGAGAAUGAGGAGGUGAGGAAGACCCUGGAUGCCACCAUGCAAACACUGCAGGACAUGCUGACAGUGGAAGACUUUGAUGUGUCAGAUGCCUUCCAACAUAGCCGCUCCACUGAAUCUAUUAAAUCUGUGGCCUCCGAGUCCUACAUGAGCAAGCUCAACAUAGCCAAAAGGAGGUCCAACCAACAGGAGACUGAAAUGUUCUACUUUUCUAAAUUCAAGGAGUACCUGAAUGGCAGUAACCUCAUUAUUAAACUGCAGGCCAAGCAUGACUUACUGAAGCAGACGCUGGGUGAAGGGGAAAGGGCUGAGUGUGGAACUACAAGGCCCCCCACCCUUCCCCCUAAACCACAGAAAAUGCGGAAGCCUAGGCCACGCUCCACGUUUAACCAUAAGCUGUUUAACGGCAAUAUGGAGACCUUCAUCAAGGAUUCAGGACAACCAAUUCCCCUUGUUGUUGAAAGCUGCGUCAGAUACAUCAAUCUGUACGGGCUGCAGCAGCAGGGCAUAUUCCGCGUGCCAGGGUCACAGGUGGAAGUCAAUGAUAUUAAAAACUCAUUUGAAAGAGGUGAAGAUCCCUUGGUUGAUGACCAAAACGAGCAUGACAUUAACUCAGUGGCAGGGGUGCUCAAGCUGUACUUCAGAGGACUAGAGAACCCCAUCUUCCCAAAGGAGCGCUUCCUGGACUUCAUUUCCACCAUCAAACUGGAGUCCGGGGCUGAGAGAGCGCAUCACAUCCAGCAGAUCAUUGUGACUCUUCCCCGGACCAUCAUCAUCGUCAUGAGAUACCUUUUUGCUUUUCUUAAUCAUCUCUCCCAGUACAGCGAUGAGAACAUGAUGGAUCCGUACAACUUGGCUAUCUGCUUCGGUCCGACCCUGAUGCCCAUCCCGGACGGCCAGGAUCCCGUAUCAUGCCAGGCCCACGUUAACGAGGUCAUCAAGACCAUCAUUAUCCACAAUGAAGUCAUCUUUCCGAAUCAGCGUGAGCUGGAUGGACCAGUGUAUGAGAAGUGCAUGACUGGCGGGGAGGAGUACUGCGACAGCCCCCACAGUGAACCUGGCACCAUCGAUGAAGCUGAUAAUGGAACUGAACCACACACGAGUGAUGAAGAGGUGGAACAGAUUGAGGCCAUUGCUAAGUUUGACUACGUCGGCCGUAGUCCCAGGGAGCUGUCCUUCAAGAAGGGAGCCUCUCUGCUUCUGUAUCACAGAGCGUCUGAAGACUGGUGGGAGGGCCGUCAUAACGGCGUAGAUGGCCUCAUCCCCCAUCAGUACAUUGUUGUACAAGACCUGGAUGAUGCUUUCUCAGAUAACCUCAGCCAGAAGGCAGAUAGUGAAGCUAGCAGCGGACCGUUGCUGGAGGAUAAGGGUUCAUCCAAGAAUGACGCCCCAUCACCAUGCGAACAGUCGCCUGAUUACAACUUUGGAGGAGUCAUGGGGAGGGUGAGGUUACGUUCCGAUGGAGCUGCAAUCCCACGACGCCGGAGCGGAGCGGAGACCCAGAGCCCGACCAGAGUAGCUGACACUCCGCCACGAGCUGCAGCCUGUCCCAGCAGCCCUCACAAGGUGUCCAUAAGCAAGGGUCGUAUUGAGAGCCCGGAAAAAAGGCGCCUCGGCACCUUUGGCAGCGCAGGCAGCAUUAACUACCCUGACAGGAAGGCCUAUCCCGAGGGGCAUCCUCUGAGACCGGUGCCAGGGGCCACUCGUCACAGCAGCCUCGGGGACCACAAAUCACUGGAGACUGAGGCUCUGGAUGAGGACAUAGAGAAGACUAUGACGACAGCGCUCCAUGAGCUGCGGGAGCUGGAGCGUCAGAACACCGUUAAACAGGCUCCAGACGUGGUCUUGGACACCCUGGAACCGAUGAAGAACCCGGUUAGCUCAGAGCCCGGCAGCCCGCUGCACACCAUCAUGAUCCGCGAUCCGGAUGCGGCCAUGCGUCGCAGCAGCAGCUCCACCUCUGAGAUGAUGACCACCUUCAAGCCCGCUCUCUCCGCCCGGCUGGUCGGGUCCCAGCUACGCCCCCCGUCCAUGAGACCGGUACGCCCUCCUCCAACGCAGCACCGCUCCAGCAGCUCCAGCUCCUCAGGCGUGGGCAGCCCUGCUGUUACUCCCACCGAGAAGAUGUUUCCAAGUAAUAAUGCUGCUGCAGGUUCUAAUAUGAAUAUCUCCAGUGAAGGCGGGGACAAGUCUGGCACCAUGUAGCAAAGGGGGAAUCUGCUGGGUGAGAAGGCUGUGAAGCCUUCGUAGUGAGGGGAACGCUCAUGGAAACAGGUGCUGACGUGUGAAAAACAGAUAAGGAUAUUUACCUCUCUGUUUUAUGCUCGACUUUAAUAUGAAUAGAGGAAGCUCCUGAAGCUCCUUAAGUGUGUUACCAUGGCGAUAAAGCUGCAGUAGAGCCUGUAGAGGUUUGAUAGCAUAAAGCUCAGUUCUCCGUGAAACUUGAUUUAACUCCAGUAAAUGUGUAUAAGAAUACGUGUAUUUCAGUUUUACCUCAGUUUCAACAAACAUCCGUGGCCAUGCUCUCGUUUCAGAGAUAAAUUGAAUGAAAGUCAAGCAAUACUUCUGUGAAAUUUGAUUUCCACCAUUCACAUGCAGUCCAGCUGAUGUUGAUGUGUGAAAACAUUUCAUCUAGACUGACGUACGUAUUCAGGCUAAAACCCCACUUCUGCUUAAGGCCCAGGCCUUAUGGCUGUAUAUAUAUAAACUUACUUGAAGUCACAAUGCUUUCUGUUUGUAUUAUAAUACAUUGGAUGUUCAGCAAAGUAACGACAUAAUGACAUUUAACUCUGCAUGCAGGGGAUAGGAGAAAAUAAAGGAAACUGUAAGGACUUGUGUCACUGAGGCUUCGUAGUGUUACGAUCAGAGAACAGACUUGUUGAUUAUUGUAAGAAUAAAAACAUUGAUCAAAAAGAAAAAUUAAGUUUCAGGUGUCAAAAUAGUUGAAAAAAUAGCUUAUUAGCGUACGGUGCAUUUUUUUUCAAAAUUGCCCACAGGGUGUAGCAUCUUGGCAUGAAGCUGAUUUCUGUAGACAUUACUAAUCAGUACUACGAAGCAAGUCCUCAUAUGCACGGUUGAACAUUGGGCAGACUUAACGUGGCUGUUUCCAGGUUUCUUUCUCUGUGCUGUAUAUGAAAUGCAGAAAAAUGAAUGCACAAACUAACUGAUUUAGAAAAUCCUGUGGUAAACUUGUACAUAAUAUAUAGCUAGUAAAUUUUAAGUGUUCAUUGUGUACAGGUUAAUAUGGAAAAAAAGGCAAAGGUUUGGUGUGAAUGGUAAAGAUCAUAAACCACCUUUUUAUCAUCUCCAGUCGAGUCUGUAAAAUAGGGUUCACAUCAUUUACCAUGUACCGUGCGCUUUGAAUGCAUUUGGUAAUCGUACUGUAGGAAACUGAUUGCUGUUGAACAGACCACAAAGGCCGAAUUAAUGUUCUUUAUUAUGUUUUCAGCUCACCUUGACAUUUUGAUAUGGUGUUUCCUGUUCACGUCAGAUUCUGAUGAUUUUAUUAUCGCAAAAAGAAACAUUCCCUCUAACAGUUUGUCUAUUCAAUUUCAAAUGCUGUGCUCACCCUGAAGAACGUGAGAAUAGAUGUUGUAACACAAUAUUAUCAGAGCGGCCUCCUUCCUUUCUGUCUUUUAAUUUUCUCCAUUGAUUCAUGCUGUUAUACUCAGACUGCAGACUCUUCCUCAUGUCCUUUGAAUAAGAACAUUUCCGUGUUUAUAUCUACUGUACCUCUUGUCAGUCUGACAGCUUCAGUCUAGGGACGUUGUAAUCCGCAUUCCCAAAAAGGCCCACUGUUCUGCAUGUCUUGCACUGUAAUGUGGGGCUCGUAUUAUGUCUGAUUCGAUGGCUUUGCGGUGCCUUGCCUCGGUGGAACGCACAAAUUUCUUAUCAAUAUCAGCCUUAAUAUUUUGAAUUAAACCACUUGUAGCUUACAUUGGAAUGGAAGAGAACUAACAACACUUGAAAAAAAAAAACAAUGAAACAAUUAUUAGGAUGUAAACCAGGCACUGAUUCCACUGUCAACUACAGAAACAUGCUGUAAACUAAACAUAUUACUAAUAUCAAUCAAUCUAUAGAUGUACUUUUUCACAGGCAGAUGCCCAGUAUGGGAGGAUGAUUAGGAGCAGAGGGCUCUUACAGUCAGAAAUAGAAGGAAAUAUAGCAUUUAAAGUAAUACAGUGCACUCACACCCUCUGCUGGUUUUUGCCGGUAUUACUUCUUCUCCUUGUGAUGAACCAGCAGAUGCUGACAUUUUUUCAGGGCAUUAAUAGUGCGUUCUGGAGCCAAUAUUACAAUUUCUGAUUUCAUCCAUAUCCAUCUCUUCAUUGCCUCAUCAACCUGAUUACAGUUUUGCACCUAUUGAAAUCUCUGAAGAUAAAAAAACAAAACAAAAAAAAAUACAUUAGUUUAUGAAAUACAAAGAAAACACACACUUUUAAGAAGUUGAUAAUAAUCAUAUUUAAUUAGAUUAUUAUUUUUUUUAUUUAUAGACACUUAUGAAGUGGAGCAGAAACUCUGUGCCUUUUGUGCACAACAUCAAUUUUUAUUGGACUUUUACUUUUUUACCUUUUUAACUGUAAUGUGUUGUCUGUUAGUUGUCACGUCUGUUAUAAACUGUUCUUGCCUUUUUUUUUUUAAUCCCUGAUUUCUAUUGCUACUCAGCUGUCAAACCGCCGCCAUUAGGAAUGCAUUGUGUAAAGAUAUUCCUCUCCCGAGUCAUAGACGUGUCGUCGAGAACUGCUCGCCUGCAUUCAGGUGAACCCUAAAAACUACUGUAUUAAAAAUCUGCUGGUGAAGCUCCGUAGGAUCAUCUCAGAAUAUUCCUUUCGUCUUUUUUUGUUUGUUUGUUUGUUUUCCCUGUGAACUGCCUGUGCUGUGGUUGAGCCGUAAUGUCAUUCAUCUCCUUCCCUUACAAAGGAGCAAUUGCAGUGUUGUUGGCAACAGCUAGACUGAUGCAGACCCUCUACAUGUAGAGGUUAUUCUUCUUUUCCCUACAUGUGAUACUAUGCUGACAUAUUUUUCCUGAAAUGUGUGAUGAAAUGGGCUACACUGUUUUGUCUGCUGACAUGUCAAGACAGUACAUUAAGACUCAAAAAGAACAUCACGAACGAGGCCCCGUCGGGGGAACGGAGUGUGAGCUGCUGCCACACUGUUUACCUUCUCUUUAGUCGUUCGUCUGGUGAUGCUGUUUGUUGAUGAGUGUCUGGUUGGUUGAAACCUGUGAUGCAAAGUACAUCAUACCACUGACUGGAUGUUGAAAACUCCUGCAUCCAAAUAAAAACAUUAUUGCUCUGUGA